AUGCUCGUCAAGCACGGCGGCACCGACGUGGUGGCCGAGUUGGCGGCGCGCAGAGCCCCCAGCAAGGACGACGAAAAGAAGAAGGCGGACUGGAGGAACCCCAACACGACCGUCUUCACCCCAGAGCAGCUGCGGGAGCAGGCGGCGCGCUUGCAGCGCGAGCAGGAGGCCGAGCACCGCCGUACCUAG